UCAUCUGCUGACACACAGGAAGUGUGCCUGCCUUUAAUUUGGGCUCCUUAUCAGGAAAAAGCUGAGUUCUGAGGAAUCCAGGCAGGAAAAGCCUUCACCACACACACUGUUCGCUAGCGUCUGGACUCUGGAGCCAGGGACUCAAGGAGUGGCCUCCUGUACCCAGAGGAAUGGGGUGGCCUACCCUAUGGGCGCUCUCAGCACUGCUCUGUCUCGGCCCCUCCCAGGCCCUGGGCCAGGAGGGAGGUGCCUGUCCAGAUGCUAAGAUUAUAGGUCUGGGGGCCCAGGACAAGGUGGCUGUCAUCCAAAGUUGCCCUGCCUUCCCUGGCCCACCAGGGCCCAAAGGGGAUCGUGGCAGCCCUGCUCAGAAAGGAGAGCGGGGCUUCCAAGGCAGCCCAGGGAAGAUGGGGCCUGCCGGCAGCAAAGGAGAGCCAGGAACCAUGGGACCCCCAGGAGCCAAAGGGGAGAAAGGUGACAUGGGAGCUGCAUCAUCGCUGGAUGAGAAGGAGCUAGGAGACGCCCUGUGCCAGAGAGGGCCCCGGAGCUGCAAAGACAUGCUGGCACGGGGGACCUUCCUGACCGGCUGGUACACCAUCUAUCUUUCUGACUGCCGGCCACUGACUGUGCUCUGUGACAUGGAUGUGGAUGGUGGGGGCUGGACUGUUUUUCAACGACGAGUGGAUGGGUCCAUCGAUUUCUUCCGAGAUUGGGACUCCUAUAAAAGAGGCUUUGGCAACCUGGGCACAGAGUUCUGGUUGGGCAAUGACCACCUGCACCUGCUCACGGCCAGUGGGAACCAAGAGCUCCGGGUCGACUUUCGAGAUUUCCAAGGUGGGACCUCCUAUGCCAAGUACAGCUCAUUCCAGGUGUCUGGAGAGCAGGAGAAAUACAGGCUGACCCUGGGGCAGUUUCUGGAGGGCACUGCAGGAGACUCCCUGACAAGUCACAGCAACAUGUCAUUCUCAACCCAUGACCAGGAUAAUGACGCAAAUAGCGGGGGGAAUUGUGCAACUUUAUACCAUGGGGCCUGGUGGUACCAAAACUGUCACAAUUCCAACCUCAAUGGGCACUACUUGUCUGGCUCCCAUAAGAGCUAUGCGGAUGGCAUCAACUGGUUCACAGGCGGAGGCUACUACUACUCCUACAAGGUUGUUGAGAUGAAGAUCCGGGCAUCCUAAGGUGCCCCUCCCCUCCCCCCUGCAGCCAUGUCCAGGCCAGGUGGAGGAGCUGAAGGAAGGGAUCAGGAGAUGGUGUCUGUAUGUUGUCUGUUGUGUGCUCCCUACACUCCCCUCUGGACACUGUCCAGCACAUGAACAGUGCGCACUAAUAAAAGUCAAAGAAG